AAACCAGGCGACCAAAUCAUCACAAUUCGAAGUUGAAAGUCGCGUAAAGCAAACACAAAUACAUUAAAAAUGAAGUUUCUAAUUCUAAUCAGCGCGCUGCUGAUCUGUGCUCAGUGUGGUCUCGCACGCCAAGUGAGUUUGGUUCGCAAGCUAAGCCGUCAGCUGGAUCAAGAUGUAGUGCGUCCGGAGGCGCGCAUUGUGGGUGGCACCGAUGCACCCGAGGGCUGGGCACCCUACCAGGUCUCCAUCAUGAACACCUUCGGCGAACAUGUGUGUGGUGGCAGCAUCAUUGCAGAGCAUUGGAUACUUACAGCUGCCCAUUGCCUGGACUGGCCCAUACAGUAUCUGAAGAUUGUGACUGGCACGAAUGACUACACAAAGCCCGGUGCAGAGCAUCUGGUGGAUGCGGCCAAGAAGCACAGCGGCCACGACAAUCCCAUCUAUCACAAUGACAUUGCACUCAUACACACAGCCACGCCCAUUGUCUUCAAUGAACGCACACAGCCCGCCAAAUUGGCCAGCGAGCAGAGCUUAAAGUCGGGCGACAAGGUUACCUUAACCGGCUGGGGCAGCAACCGUGCCUGGGGACGUUAUCUCACCCAUCUGCAGAAGAUCGAUCUGGCUUACUUGGAGCACGACAGCUGCAAGGCGAAGGUGCGCAAUGCCAGCUGGUUGGGCGAUGGACACAUCUGCAGCUUCACCAAGGAGGGCGAAGGAUCCUGCCAUGGCGAUUCAGGUGGUCCCCUAGUCGAUGCCAACCAAACACUUGUGGGCGUGGUCAACUGGGGUGAGGCAUGUGCUCUAGGCUAUCCGGAUGUGUAUGCCUCGGUGUCCUAUUAUCGCAACUGGAUUGAGGAGGUGAUGACACAGUUCGACAAGGGCUACUAAAAGGAGUAGGAGAAGACAUAUGUAAAAAGCAUGUCGAUCAAUAACAAAAGGCGAAUAGAAGCCAAACCGAACAAAAAUUCAUAUAUUUAUAUAGCCAUUAGACUUUAGGCCAUAAGUCCAAACACUGUAAAUUUGAUCACGCAUAUAUCGCAACAAUAUAAAAUAUUUAUGAACAAAU